CAAUGACUUUGUCGUACGAAUCAGUAUACCAGCGCCAUUUCAAGCUUUCUACUUGACUUGUACCAAGUAGAAGGAUCCUGGUGAAACUGGAAAAUCACUAUCUGUACAGUGGUUUUUUAACAGAAAUUCUUAAAAUUGACAAAGAUUUAACAAAUAAAUGUUUCAUUAGUCAUUGGUGAAACUACGCGUAGCAAGUCAAUACAUUAACUUCCGCAGAGAUAAUCUGCACAUCUUUUUCUGGCACCAUUCUAAAAAGAAUUUCCUCUUUUUUUUACCUUUUCGUUUACUUUAUUUGCUAGUCUUUUUCUUCGCUUUCAAUUCCUGAGAGAAAUAACCGAAUGGGAGGGGAUCAGCCUUCAGAUAUUCAUCCUAUCCUAUCCCAUACUACAAGUAUCGUUAUGGAUGCUUCUACGAAGCCCCAGGAAGAGUUUCAAUCUAUUGUCGAAGAGGCAAGGUCUGCACCCCAGCUUCCUGAGCGUUCAGCUGAAUUCAAGGAACAGGCUGCAAGAAUGACCGAAAGUUUUAUGCCUGCUCCCACUCGGGCACCUCCAAAUCAACCAUCAAAUCCGAGUGUCUCUUCUAGUAUGGGAAACGUGUCGCCCGCGCAAACUGGAGAGUUACCGUUGGGUUCUUCUGCUCCUGUCAGCAAGGUCUCUACUCCGGUACCCACUCGUCUACCUCCUAGCCAACCAACAAACUCAAGUGUCUCUUCCAGUAUGCGAAACAUGUCACCUGCACACAUUGGGUCACCCGCAUUGGUUGGAGGCUCGCGAAUGGGUACCACUCCUCCUGCUUCCAAGACGGCAACUCCCCUGCCCACUCUUGAGACAUCUAGUCCACCGACAGAUCCGGGCUCUUCCUCCAGUGUGAAAAAGGUAGAACCGGUACAGGUCGGAGCUGCCCAAGCGAGUCCUCCUAGUCCUGUUCCUGUUAUUAGUCCUCCGGUGGGUAAUUCACCAAAGACGCAAAAGCCUGAUGAACCCAGCGGUAAGGAUGCAAAUUUACCCAAUAGCGAAUCUGCUAAAGCCGUGAAUCCCCAACAAGAAGAGGCUGAUGCUCUCAUUGGUUGGAGAUCUUUACAUAAGACAAGUGUCGAGCAAAUGCGUACAUUUAUUCAGGAUGCCUCGUCCAUCUUUGAAUGGAACACUGGUCGUGUUGAACGCUCUGUCUUGGAUAUGUAUCUACCUGGUAAAUUGAAUGGUCAGUGGUGGCAGAGCUCUCUAAUAUUAGCUGCCGUUUCUAUUUUGAGUUGGUUAGCAUCAAAGUUCUUUUUCUGUCGCUGGCAAAUCCUUCUCGUUAUUAUCGCCGCUAGCACAUUCGUUUAUGGUUCCAAUGCUAUUGCUCUUCGUCGCACAGUGCGUGAUGAAGUUGUCCGCGAGAUGUUGAAGAAUCCUUCUAAUGUGGAUUAUGAAACUAUGGAUUGGUUUAACAUUAUUUUCCAGCGCCUUUGGAUGUUGAACGAGCCAAUGAUUUCUCGUAUGAUAGUUACUAACGUUGAGCAAACUGUAGCCGAGUAUCUUCCUUCCUUUGUUCCCGAAGUUCGUUUUUCUUCUUUCACCUUAGGAUCAAAGGCACCCCGUAUUGACGGAAUCCGAACUCAUCUUGCUACUGAACCUGAUAUGAUUCUAAUGGAUGUUGAUUUUAGCUACACACCGAAUGAUACUUUGGACAUUACAGGUGCUUCUUAUUGUCGUGUAAAUUCAGCCGUAUCCCUUCGUGUAAAGGUUGGUAAGGGAAAAUUCAUGGCUAAGCUUCCUGUUUCUACCAAAGAUAUUUUUGUGUCAGGACAGCUUCGUUUACGUUUUAGAUUAUCUGAAGAAUUUCCUUUUAUAAAAACGGCUUCUGUUAGUUUACUAAGCACUCCAAAGAUUUCUGCUACCGUUCGCCCCUUUGACUUUAGUCUGUUCGAUAUUGAUGUGUUCUACAUCCCCGGGUUUAAUCAAUUCUUACAUGAACAAAUGACAACGAUUCUAUCUCCUCUGGCUAUGUGGCCGAACAUGCUUGAUUUGGAUCUUUCUUCUCUUAUGGCAGGUGUCGCUCCAUUUGCUCCAGUGGGUGUGAUUGCUGUCAAGGUUUCUUCUGCUCGUCGCAAUGAAUACUUUAAAUCUCGUACUACUAAACCUUCUUCUUAUGUCGCAGUUGUGACCAAUGGUCGUGAACAUGGACGCUCUCCUGUUCGGGGAAAUACGUUUACACCUAACUUUGACCAUACAAUAUAUGCUGUUGUUUCCUCGUUGAAUGAUCCCCUUGAGUUAUCUUUAUUCGAUCCCGAAAGCCCUUCGUUACCCUUUGGUACUACUUACAUUAACACGCGGUCUCUUGUUGAGAAUGGAUUCGUUAGUGACGUUCAGCCCUUAUUGUUUAACGCCGUAAAUCAAGGGUCAAUUGCUUAUGACGCUACUUUUUUCCCUUCUCUAUUCCCGAAGAAGACAUUGGAUGGCAAUCUAAUCGAACCUCCUGCUACGCCUAAAGGUAUCUUACAAUUGUCACUUGACAGGAUUAACAACCUUACUGACCUAUCUACUUUCGACAAAAAGUCACAAAUAAUGUACAUUGUUUCUCUUGAUUCAAGAGAAAUUGGAUCAAAAACUUUGAAGUAUGCUGACAAAUCACCUACUCCUGUCAGUCUAUCUUCAAUGGCUUAUAUUGAAAAUCGCGAAACUUCCAAGAUACAAAUAACUGUUGUCAAGAAGAUUAAGAAGGAGCCUGAUCAGGUUAUCGGAAGUACGGUAAUUCCACUUAAUAAACUGCUUGCUGCUGAAGGUAAUCAAUCAACAUAUGCCCUCAAAGAAAAGCCCUCCUCUACUAUUGAUAUUACAUCUUCCUGGAUUUCCGUAAAUGUUACGGAAGAGAAGAGUGCCGAAUCCUACCUCAAAGAUUUGAUAGGUGUUAUGCGUAUUAGCACCAUAAAAGCAAACAACUGCUCUUCUACUGACUUGGGUCUAAAGAAGAAUGAUCCUUAUGUUAGAGUACUCGUUAAUGGAUCGGUUGUUGAAAGAACUGUUCACGUAUUGAAUAACUCUAAUCCUGUCUGGAAUGAAGUUCUGUAUGCGCCUGUUUUGGCAGAUACUGAAGUUAUUGAACUUGAAGUAAUGGAUCAUGAGGAUUCUGGACACGACAAAUCCCUAGGAUAUGUCAAAGUUCCGGUUAAAAGCUUCAAAAAUGCUGCAAAUAAGAUUGGAAAAACUGAAAUGGCUAACCGAAUUUUUGGUACCGAUGAGGUUGAGGCAUUAAAGUUGGUCUCCCGCAAGGGAAGCUCUACCCGUGCUACCUUAACGGUAAACUGUGAUUUCCGCCCUUGCCUAAGACUUUCAUCUGACGAUGAACCUUCUGGCAACGAAGAGGAAAGUAAGAUUACUACUGCUGAACCCGUGAAUGACGAAUCUGAAAUUUCUAGUAUAAUUAGUGUUAGUGAAGCUACCAAGUAUCCUUCUGGCAUUUCCAUGAUGACUAUUAAGUCGGCUGAGCUUCAAACAGAAGGAAUUGCUUUAAGAGUUUUCACUGAUAAUGCCGCCUUCCCAUGCUUAAAAACCGGCACAGCUGGUAGUAAAACACCCCGUUGGUCUGCCUUUGGUUUAUCUAUGAUUAGAGAACUCCAAUAUUCUGAAACUACAUUUCAGUUAACUGAUGGUUCUCCCAAAAAUCCUAAGGUUAUAGCUGAGCAUACCGAAAAAACCUCGAAACUUAUUAGCGAAUCUUUGGGACAUGUGUAUCCAGUUGAUAUUCAAGGAUCAAAUGGUGAAGUGAAUAGAGUUAGAAUUUCGAUGAAUUAUCUCCCUGUGCCUAUGCUUUUGAACCCAGUUGAGAGCUUUAUCAACACUGGUUUGUUGCACUUCAAUUUGUAUAACGGAAAAGACCUCCCCAUAGGUGAUAUUCGCUCAUCGGAUCCUUUCGUUUCAUUGAAGACGAACGAUAAGGAAGUUUACAAGAGUAAGGUCAUUAAGAAGAACUUAAAUCCUGUUUGGGAUGAAGAAACCGAUAUCGUAAUUCAAAACCGUGCCCUAGACGUGUUUAAAUUAGUAUGCUACGAUUGGGAUAUGGGUGAGGCUGCUGAUGUUCUGGGUAGUCACCUUAUAGAUCUUCUCGCAUUAGAACCCAACGUUCAAUCUCAACAUGAACUUAACCUUGAUGGAAAACGUGGACAGAUUAGUGUUGGUAUGAGGUUUGAACCUGGUUGGUACCGAAGAUCUCCUGAAUUAGAUGCUUCCCUUGCUGAUAACUUUUUUUCUGUUGCUGACAAAGGUGCUAAACUAUUGGUUGGAGGUAUUGGAGCUGCUGGUGGUCUUGCCCUAAAUGGAGUUGGUUCAGCUGGUGGUCUCGCCUUGAACGGAGUCGGAGCUGCUGGCGGUCUUGCCUUAAGUGGAGUUGGUGCUGCCGGUGGCCUAGGUGGCAAAGCCGUAUCUGGAUUUACCGGAACAGGAAAGAAUUUGUUUAAAGGUGUUACUGGAAAAGGAUCUAAAGCUAGUCGAAACAAUGAGCAAGGUGAUACUAUGAGCACCCAAACUGGCUCUACGUUUGGACCAAGAUCGUCUACCGGUAAACAAGAGCCCUCAAAAUUCAAACUCUUUGUUACGACUGGUAAUGAUUGUCCUCAAAAGCUUGUAAAGGUUGUAAUUACCGAUAAGCAAGGUCGGUCAUAUAAGACAAAGUCACACAGAGGUCCUUCUCCAAAGUGGAAUGAGCAUAUACCUGUCAGGUUUAACCCAGGUGACAGCUUGCAUGUUUCUUUAAUUAUUUCUAACUUAAUUGGGCACAGUAAAUUUGGCGAAGCUACGUUUAGUGAAGCUGCCGUGGGUACUUUCAAGGUUCCCUUCAACGGUGCUGCUACUUCAGUGGAGAUGAGAGUUGAAUCUGCUUAAUCUCUGUCAAUGUUUCAUCUUUAUCCUUUAUUAACUGAAUAAUUUUUUUGUAGCAUUGUCAAUUUGCUUUGUUUUAAUUUGCUUAUACAGCAUUAUUGAUCAUCUAAUUGCUAAUAUAGAAUGAAAUGCGAUAUUCAAACGCAGAAAAGAGAGUUUCUAUUUGUAAAUUAAAGAUCGUAAAACUAUUCAAAUAACCAAACGG